AAUUUGUACGCGUCAAAAAAGUCCAUGUAAUACUGUCCGAGAACUGAACACCAUGGCAAGCCGCUGCUCUACUCUUUUGUGCUCAACAUCAAGAUUGGCAAGCGCACGCUUUGCUCCGCUAGCUAGCCGGUCAAGAUGGCUAGCAACAGAAGCUGUCUCGUCGUCUGCAGCAAGUCCUCCUCCCCUGCCAAGUGACCCAAAAAUUGGCCGCAUAGUAGACGACAUAUCCGGACUGACACUACUGCAAGCAGCUGACCUCGUUACGCUCUUGAAGUCACGACUAAAUAUUCAAGAAAUUGCAAUGCCCGCCGCUUCAGCUGCCGCACCCGUCGCCGCCCCGGUUGAAGAAGCCGCAGUGGAGGAGAAACCGAAGGAGAAGACAAUUUUCAAUUUGAAACUCGAGUCCUUCGACGCCGCUGCGAAGCCCAAGAUCAUCCGCGAGGUCAAGGCCUUGAUCCCGAACCUUACCCUCAUCGACGCAAAGAAGUUCGUGGAGUCCGUACCGCAAGUUCUCAAGGAAAAUAUGCCCAAGGAAGACGCGGACAAACUAAAAGCGGUUCUUGAAAAACUGGGGGCAGUAGUGGUACUUGAGUAGAUCCAUCCAUCCGAGUCUUGUAUAGAGCAUGUGUUCAGGCUAUAAUUCAUUCACUAUAAUUAAG